UCACGUGACUAACCAGAAAUAGCUUGUACGUCGGCAGGACUACGUUGCAAAGGAAAGACGGAGGGUUGUUGUUAAUCUUUUUCCUACGUUUUCUUCAUUUUCUAGCGUAUAUUGUCUCAUUCUAAAGGAUCUAGACAGCAGGUUUGAGGAUGGAUCAAGCACAGGCCAAUCCCACACUGUGUCGGAAUGGCUGUGGGUUCUACGGCACUUCAGCCACAGACGGCAUGUGCUCCAAGUGCUAUAAGGACACACUCAGGAGAAAACAAAACUCCCCCAACUCUGGAAGGAUAAGCCCAGCAGGCAACAGCAGUAGCACUUCCAACAACACCGCGAGCCAUGAAGAACCCUCGCCCGUAGCCAGCUGGGACGAGGCUGCUGAUUCGUCCACGAGUGCGCAGGCGGCCGAGGCGCAGGCAGAGGUGGAGGGCGCGGUCGCCCCAACGACAACGAAUGCAGCCGACAGUACCACCUUACAAGAAGACGAUCAGUCAGACAGGUCACAGAAUAGUCCCGAUUCACAGAAAGGCAAAUCCAAGAAAAAUCGCUGUUUCACGUGCCGGAAGAAAGUAGGACUUACAGGUUUUUCGUGUCGCUGCGGCGGUUUAUACUGCGGUCUUCACCGGUAUUCCGACAAACACGAUUGUACGUUUGACUACAAGGCAGCUGGACAAGAGCAGAUCCGCAAGAAUAACCCCGUCGUUGUCGGCGAGAAGAUCCAAAAGCUUUAGGCGCGGGAGUACGCGGAAUUUCGAAGUUGUGAAUGGAGACUUUGCGUGCACAUUCAUGAAUAAUGAGGCCAGCAGUGAUGAUGGAAUUCAUUUCUUAAAAAACAGAAAAAAAACAAUGAUAUCUUGACAUAGGCAUGUGUAUUACAUAUUACCCGACUUUCAACUCAACUUUCAUUCAUACCUUAAGCCACAGUGUUCAGCCUACUACAGUGUGUUAGGUUAUUUGACUUAUUAUAUUCUUUAGUGUAAACAAGCAAUUGGAUAUUAGAAAAUAAAAGAUUGUAAUGGGACACGUCCUAGUUGCAUGCCGAAAUUUCAUGUAAAAAUGUGCAUAAAGGGGUGAGAUUAGUGCAAAAAUAACUCCAUGGUAUAACAGAGAAACAUUUUCGACUAUUAUCUGGGUUUUAACAAGUGAAAACGCAUCUGAAAAGGGAGAAAUUUGGGGUGGUUUGUAUCUAGCCUUCGCUUCGAUUCAUAUAUCCAGUACUAUCGUCCGUUAGCUUACAAAAAUCUCUUCUCUCUUCGAACAACUUUGCAAAUGUAUUACCCUGUACUUCGCAUCCUACCCAAUAGGUGUCUCUUCUGCAAGUGAAGUUGAUAGUCAAAUAGCUGUGUGUGACAUAACAUCCUUGCAGCCUGUAUUUAUUGAUAACAACCAUCCUCUUCUAUAUAGUGGAUAAUAAUUGUGUUUGAUUUAUUUCAUAGUUUAUGAGAAAGAGACCUUUAUGAUCGAUUGCUAGCAGCUCUUUGUUCUAGUAAAUUGGGGCCUGUGUAUGGAUCUCAAGUUAUUCAUUUGUAAUUGUAUGUGACAAUUUUUUUUCUUCUUCAGUUAACGGGGGGAUGUUCUUGAAGUGAUCUCUUACUACAAGAGAUGACACUGUCUACCGAGGGAUAUCCUGUUGUGUUUGUGUUUAUUAAAGCAUUUCAGUGAUACUAAUA